AAAUAAUAAUGAGGCACUAAAUAGUAAUGCAAUUUUGUUUGAGAGAAACAUAAACAGAACAGAUCAAAGAUGCAUACAAAGACAGACUCAGAGGUUACCAGCUUAGAUGCAUCAUCCACAACAAGAUCUCCUCGUCGACCAGCAUACUAUGUUCAAAGUCCAUCCCAUGAUGGUGAAAAAACCACUACUUCCUUUCAUUCUACUCCUGUUAUCAGCCCAAUGGGUUCUCCUCCUCAUUCUCACUCUUCCUCUAGCCGUUUCUCUGGUUCCCGUAAACUCAACAACAACCACCGCAGUAACACCAAACCUUGGAAAGAAAUUGAUGUUAUUGAAGAAGAAGGUCUUCUUAACAAUCAAGAUCAUCAUCAUUCUCUUUCUCGUCGUUGGUAUUUCCUUGCUUUCAUUCUUGGCUUUUUCCUUUUGUUCACUCUUUUCUCUCUUAUCCUUUGGGGUGCUAGUAGACCCAUGAAACCCCAUGUCAUGAUUAAGAGUAUAAAAUUUGAGCAUGUUAGAGUUCAAGCUGGUUCAGAUGCAACGGGUGUGGCCACUGAUAUGAUUACAGUGAAUGCAACUGUGAAAUUCACUUAUCGUAACAAGGGCACAUUUUUUGGUGUUCAUGUCUCAUCCACACCUUUAGAUCUAUCCUAUUCAGAAAUCGUAAUUGGUACUGGCAAUAUGAAGAAGUUUUAUCAAUCAAGGAGGAGUCAAAGACUAGUUAGUGUGGCAGUGAUGGGGAGCAAGAUUCCAUUGUAUGGAAGUGGUGCAAGUCUUAGCAGCACAACUGGUAUGCCAACUUUGCCAGUACCAUUAAAAUUGAGCUUUGAAAUUAGAUCUAGAGCUUAUGUGCUUGGGAAAUUGGUCAAGCCAAAAUACUACAAGAAGGUUCAUUGUUCUGUCGUAUUUGAUCCCAAGAAAAUCAAUGUUUCUGUUUCCCUCAAGAAGUCUUGCACGUAUGAUUGAUUGAGAAGUGGAAUGGAAGGAAGAUGAAGAAGAAGCACAUGGAAAUGGAAAUAAAAUAAUCAUAGAAAAGUGAUUCAUUGGUUGAGGAAAAAACAAAAGGGGAUACACAGCUCAUAGGAAUAAGAAAUGGAAAAACGCGUUUUUGUGACACUUUUGGCUGUUCAUUUUUAACACUCCACAUUCUCUAAGUUCUAGUAGCAUAAAGAAAGACAUGUUUGGAUUCGGUGGAAACUUGUUACUCACGAUUACCUUUUUCUACUUUUUAAUUAAUUUUGUCCCAUCAUGUGGUAAUAAGGUUAAGGUGUACUAAUGUAUUGUAUUCGAUCUGAAUGUUGUAAUUUCAUUUUUACAGUUGAAUUAUUAUAGUGUAAUUAUAGCCCAAAAAGUUGAAUCAUUCGUUGAUUAGUUUGUGAUAUAAGUUGAAUUAUUCUUUGAUUA